AUGGGCGUGAGGCUAUCCAUCACAGCUCAAUGGAACGCAGCCAUUCAACAAUCGGCAUCAUCGACGACAACAGCUGAACAAGUCGUCCACAAAACGGCUGACAUUUGCGUCAACUUCUCAAACAUUCAUUUUGGCUUUCACCGUCUUUUGAGGAACGCCCCACACUAUCCAAAUUCCCAACCACCAAUGGCCGCUGUUUCGGGCAUCGUGGCCGUUGUAGCCCGUGGCAAGUCGUCCGCUUGUUCAAAGCACCCUCAGGAAGAGGACAUUAAUGACAAGGUUCUUUGCAGACGCCUGCAGUACAAGCUCCAUCAACGGCGCCACCGAGCCAAGCAGAAAGAGAAAAUGAUUACGCUUGGGCACGACGUGCAGACUCUGCUUACAGAGAUUGAGCAACUCAACUCGAAACGUCAACGACUUUUCGUCGACCGUAACUUCUUCAGCUCAAGAGGCACUGACGCUGGGGUGCCAGCUCGUCUAGCCGUGGAGUAUUUUCGGCUCUUUAAGUACGGCAUCUCUCCAACAAACGUGAUCCAGCAGGAGCAAUUUCUUCGCUCCAUCAUGACAGCGCAGACCGUAGGCCCAGACUACGCCGGAGUCGAGACGAUCAUCUUGCUAUGGAAACGCUUUAGCGACUUUUAUGUAUACAGUCGAUACGAGAUCCUUUCAAUGAAUGUAUUGGUUUUGGCCGAUUCCACUGUCGUCGUCAUAGACACCAACUUUCAUAUCAAUUGUCGUCGGGACGGCGUGUUAACGCUGUAUCCGUCUCUCAUUCACCACAUGGACCUGUUGCAGAAGUUUAUUAGCUCCAUGCUCGUCGUUCCGGUCCGUUACCGCUUUGAAUUUGACGCUGACGGCAUUGUGACGUGGUUCAGCGCAGACUGGGACCUCGUUAGUGCUUUGAGCGCCCAUGUUUCACUCGUGGAUGCCGCGUCCAUUCUUGCUGCAGCUAAUAUCUCCAAGACCGGACAGAUCCGCAGCACCGUGGAAGAAAUACAAGAGCCUUUCAACACCGAGCACGAUGAUGCCAUUUCUUUCUUGAAGCAAGAUGUUGUAGACCCUCGCCAUAGCGUCGACUUUCUACUCUCGUAA